AUGUCGUACGCUGCAGCCGCCGCUAAGGGUCCCAAGCAAUCCCCCGAAGACGCCCGUGCGCCCCCACCCCCAGAGAUUGAGAAGACGGAGGCCGAGAGUACGAUAAACUUGGUCGAUGUCGAUGGCCCGCAUGUUGCCGCUGUGCCUGCAGACUUUGAAGAACAGAAGGUGAAGACCACGACUCAGGCUGAGAGACUCGAGCGCGAGGCGCAGGAGAAAUACGAAGCAGAAAAGAAGAAGGCCAAGGAAGCGGUUGAGAAGGCCGAGGAGAAGGCCAAGUCGGCUGCUGGCAGCUUCCGUCGCAACGAAGACAACCCGGUUAUUCUGGGAAAUGCUUUCCUGGUGACCGCGAUUGCCGGUGGUCUGGGAUAUGGUGCGUACAGGAAGCACCUCCAGGGUCAGCUGUCUUGGAAGCUUGUCGGUAUCUGGGGUGGAGCAGUUGGUGCUCUAGCUGUGGCUGACUACUUCGUGAGCAAGUAA